GGAGCCGUUGAGUCGGCCGCUGGGUCUUGAGCGGGGAAAGGGAAUGAAGAGCUGGCUUCGACAAGGAAAAAAGUUUAGAUUGUUUCAUCCUCCUAGAGGCGUUUCAGAUGGCAGAGUGUACAGUAGCCCCAGUGGUCAUGGAGGACAGUGACCGUGAAGUCGACUCGGUGUCAGAUGAGCAGGACUCGAUGCCAGCGUCGCCUGAGCCCAGGGUGCAUGAAGUGGAAAAGCACUUCCCUAAGGAAGACUCGGAGGACUCGGAGCUGGAGCACAUCAUGGGACAUCACCCAGUCACCCAGCAUGGGUAUCAUAAGGCCGAUAGUGAGGGUGAGGGUCACAGCAGACCCCACACCCCGGGAACACCCACCUUCCUGAGGCCCGCGGCGGCCCCCAGGGGCCCAGGAGAGUUAGAGCACGAGUCCAGAUACGGGGCUCCACGGGGUCAUGUGGACUUUAGCCUGCCGUCUCCCAUCAGCCCAUCCCGGCCUAAAAGCCCCUGGGGUCGCUUCGACCCAUAUGAAUCUACUGAGGACCAGGACAAGGAGUAUGUGGGAUUUGCGACUUUGCCAAAUCAGGUUCACCGCAAAUCUGUGAAGAAGGGCUUUGACUUCACUUUAAUGGUAGCAGGAGAGUCAGGUUUAGGAAAGUCCACUCUGGUCAACAGUCUGUUCCUGACAGAUCUCUACAAAGACAGGAAGCUGCUGAAUGCAGAAGAGAGGAUCACGCAGACGGUGGAGAUCACCAAACACACGGUGGACAUCGAGGAGAAGGGUGUCAAGCUGAAGCUCACUAUCGUGGACACACCAGGAUUCGGGGACGCUGUCAAUAACACUGAAUGCUGGAAGUCGGUGGCAGACUACAUCGACCAGCAGUUUGAGCAGUACUUCAGAGACGAGAGCGGCCUGAACCGCAAGAACAUCCAGGAUAACCGCGUGCACUGCUGCCUGUACUUCAUCUCGCCCUUCGGUCACGGGUUAAGGCCUCUGGAUGUGGAGUUUAUGAAGGCUCUUCAUGAGAAGGUCAACAUUGUUCCUGUACUAGCUAAAGCUGACACACUCACCCCAACGGAGGUCAAGAGAAAGAAAAUCAAGAUCCGAGAGGAGAUCGAACAGUACGGGAUAAAGAUCUACCAGUUUCCAGACUGUGAUUCAGACGAGGAUGAGGACUUCAAACAGCAAGACCAAGAGCUCAAGGACAGCAUUCCCUUCGCUGUGAUCGGCAGUAACACCGUCGUGGAAGCCAAGGGCAAGAGGGUUCGAGGACGUCUGUACCCCUGGGGAAUAGUGGAAGUGGAGAACCCAGCGCACUGUGACUUCGUGAAGCUGAGGAACAUGUUGGUCCGGACACACAUGCAGGAUCUGAAGGACGUGACCCGGGAAACACACUACGAGAACUACAGAGCACACUGCAUCCAGAGCAUGACCCGCAUGGUGGUGAAGGAGCGCAACCGCAACAAACUGACCAGGGAGAGCGGCACAGACUUCCCCAUUCCCAUGGUGCCCGGCGCCACCGACACUGAGACGGAGAAGCUCAUCCGUGAGAAAGACGAGGAGCUGAGGCGGAUGCAGGAGAUGCUGCAGAAGAUCCAGGAGCAGAUGCACACACAGAGAGAGGCGUAUUAACCUGCUUACAUCUGAGAAAUACCACGGUAUCACCUGAGUGAGGGAGCCGGCCGUCAGAAGACAUCCACUCAGACAUGUCUGGGUCACAUUUCACCCCCAAAUAUCAUCAUAACCCCGUCCCAAGACUAAACAUGAACUGUUUCUGCAUUCUGAUACUUUAUAAUGAAUAACCAAAUGACCAAAUCCCAAAUUAGAAGGAAAUAUAAAAUAAAUAAACACUGAAACUCACUGCAGUGCAUAUAUACGUUACAUAUAAAUGAUUUAAUUUUGUAUUUAUUUAUUUAUUUUUGAUCAUUGUGAUUGUUAUUAUUGUUAAUUAUGAUUCUCUUACUGUAACAUUGGGUUACGGUGUGUUACAAUGUUUCAAAUAUAUGUAUUGUGUUUAACAAUAUAUAUAUUACUCUUUAUAUCUAAAUAGAGAGAGUUUUGGGUUGAAAUAUAACUCAGACAUGUUGAUCAGAAUCUGAGGAGCGUUGUCAAUGCACAAACCAUUCUUUAUAGUGGAAGGAUGACUGAGAGGUUCCUCGA